AUGUUUGGGAUUUUUGGUCUUAGAAUUUUUUUAUUUUUCCUUUUAAUUGAGACAUUAAACUGUUCUGAUCAAAAUUACUCCUCUGAAAAAGACAGUAAUAUUGAAGACCAUAGAGAAACGUUAGUUUUAGAAGAUGGUAAUGGAUUAGCAGAAAAUUACGAGGUACCUAGACCAACAAAUGUCCUGGAAAAUAAUGAAAAUUAUUGGGAUUUAUCCACAUCUGAAGAUGAAGAUGAAAAAAAUGCAAAAUCGAAGGACCCCAUUUUAACUAAAUCUGAGGAAAGUACUAUGACUGAAGGUGUAGACGAAUUAGAAAUAAAAAAUGAAAAUGUUUCAGAUUCAGUGGCGUUUAAUAAUAUUUCAGAUGAGACUAAGAAUAAUUAUAUUCUUGUGGUUUCCGCUCUUGCAUCUUCUGUAAUCACAUUGCUUGUUAUGAAUUUGGGAAUGUAUGCUUUCAUUGCAGCAUGUGGUUUAGGAGCGUAUGCUUAUUAUACAAAGAAAGAGUAA